CAGGGCGGGAUGAGGUGAGGUGUAAGGGAGCAUCGGCGUCAUCGUUGAAGAAUGGCCUCCUGGUAUAGUGUUGGCUGUAUGCCGGCAUCGAUGCUCUCGCAACUUCUCCUGUAUUUGUCCUGUUCAACCACAGCUUCAACCAUAGCAUAAUGUCCGAUUAUGCGAACGACGACUACAGUAUCUGAUCUGAUCUAACCUACAUAUCGCAAGCUUAGCAUAUUUCCUUCGACGUGGUCGUUCACUCUUAUGCGAGCAGCUUCGGCAGCUGUUAGAUAUCACAAUGGUGGCGAAGUGCAAAGAGGUUUUCGCGUUCGGCGCAGCAGCGGCGGCGACACUAGCUGGUGCCGCCCCUGUCGACUACUUCCCAAUCAACUCACAACUACCACCCGUAGCUCGCGUCUCAGAAGCUUUCGAUUUCACCUUCUCUCCCCUAACUUUCUUCUCUAAAUCCGAUAUCACGUACCGGCUCGGUAACGCGCCGAAAUGGCUCUCAAUCGAUAGCUCCUCGCGGCGGCUUUUCGGCACACCGAGCGAUGAUGAUGUUCCGCCGGGAGAGGUUGUUGGGAUCCCGAUCGAGUUGAUUGCUGAGGAUGAGACGGGAUCUACGACGACAAAGCCGACUUUGGUGGUCUCUAGGAACCGACCGCCUGUUAUCGACGUGCCCAUCUCGAAACAACUUUCCAAAUUUGGGACAUAUAUAGCUCCCUCUACACUACACCUUCAACCCUCAACGCCUUUCUCCUUUAGCUUCGACGAGCAUACAUUCCACACCGAUAACGGAGACGAUGGGCUCAACUAUUAUGCGGUAUCUGAUGACAAUGCGCCCUUGCCUUCAUGGAUUACCUUCGAUGCCGGAAAACUCUCCUUCUCCGGCAAGACGCCCCCGUUUGAAUCUCUUGUCCAACCUCCGCAGACAUUUACCUUCCAACUAGUUGCUUCCGAUGUCGUGGGGUUCGCGUCAGUCUCGGCGUCCUUCUCGAUGGCGGUGGGGAGCCACGAGCUAACAGCCGAACCACCGGUAGUUAAGCUCAAUGCGACGCAUAAGAAGCACUUCGAAUACAAAGACCUACCAAAUGUGCUGAAGCUCGAUAAGAAACCCUUAGAAGAGGAUAAUACAGUAACGGUCACUGCGCUCGACCUACCCCCUUGGUUGUCUUUUGACAACAAAACCUGGGAGUUGGAUGGCACUCCUGAGUUAACUGCCGAGUCGUCUAAUAUAACUAUAGCUGUCACUGACAAAUACUCCGACACUUUGAAUCUAAUUAUCUCGAUCCAUUUUGGUUUAUUCAUCUCGGACCUCCCUGAUCUUAAUGUCAAGGCAGGCGGUGAUUUUUCGUUCGACUUGAAGAAGUACUUAUCGAACCCGGAAGAUAUCCAAGUCACAGUAGAGGAUGAUUCAGGAGCGUCAUGGGCCGAGUUCAACUCUUCCUCGAUGCUCCUAUCGGGGUCUGUCCCCAAGCACAUGCCAGUAAAAUCUCGGACAACGCCACACGUUGCCUUCAGCGCAACUUCGAAAUACACGAACGAGACAGAGACCAAGACUAUGAAUAUACACCUCGCCUCUUUAUCUCCUACCGCUUCACCGGAGCCAAGUACCGAGCCGACAGAUUCGGACAAGGAUGACUGGAACAAGAAUUUUCUCUGGUUACUUAUAAUACCCAUAGUCCUCAUAUUUGCCGGCAUCAUACUUCUCCUUUUCUAUAUUCGACGGCGGCGUCAACAGCCAAGGAGAAUAGGGGUCGGGGAGGUGUCAGGACCCAUACCGGGAAGCUUCAUGACCCAUCACCCCGACAGCCGCAAGGUUCCGGUCGUUAGAAUAGUAGAUAUAGCACCGCCACGUAAUUCCGAGAGCACAGCUGCGCAGAGACAUCGCGUGUCCGCUGGUGACUCAAAUCCCGCUGGUGCCUCAAAUCGGCGUUCGCAGACCGCAUCGAGUCCGAGCUUGACUGGAAACAUGAUCCCCCAUGCUAUGAUGGCGAUGUAUUCCAGGGCAAAGUCACCCGAGCACAGCGUUAUUCUGGAAGCGAGUAGUUCCUGGUCUACGGGACGCGAUAACCAACCAUCUCCACAGGGAGGAGGAGGAGGACCGGAUGAAGUUAGCCUGCUUUCGGACACUAGCCUUGGAGAAGCUGAUGCGUAUAUUGCGGAAGCACAGUCGUAUAUUAUUUCAAAGGGACCUCGAGAUGAUGUAUAUCGUAGCCUCUCGGUCCCAACGAAUGCGGCGCCCUUUAGUAUACAGAACACGCCAGAGAUCGCCUACACAGCGGGUGCUAGGCAAAACACCAGUCCAAACGAUGCGGUUCCGCCAUCAGUAGGCUACGCCGUACGGCCAAGGUCAGGACAACAGCAGGAUUCGAGCUUAGAUAUCCGCAGCGUCGGGAAGAGGAUAUCUAAUUUGUGGAAGAGAGAAAGUGGAGGUCAACCUACUAAUAAUCAGAAACGGAAUAGUAUCCUGAGUGAAUCUACAGGCCAAACUACUGGCACGAGUAUUUUGGCAUCCGGGAUCUCCGGCGUAGGGGAGGAAGAAGCCACGACGAGUAAGAAUGUGGUCGCAAGACCAACUAUAAUACAUAUACCUAGUAGACCGGGCGAGGUACGGCGAAUGAGUAGGAGAGUAGAGGCACCAUCGCCGUUAUUCAGCGGCCGGUCGACCACAAAAUCGAUAGGAAAUUUGGGGUUAGGAAGCCAAUCACUGGCGACAGUUAUACAUCCAAGUCCGGAACUGCCACCACAUAUAGAAGACGAUACAAAUCCUCGCGAUAGCGAUAGUUCGUGGGACCGGCUCGCAAGAAAUUCCUUGGGUAUCGCAUACAAGGACCUCAUCACCGAGCCAGAAAGGGCUGCCUCACGCCAGGAAUCGCCGGCCGAUAUAGGUCAAGAAGGCAAUUGGAUGACCUAUGAUAUAAAUCGGGAUCUCUUGUCCCCUGGACAAUGGCCACGGCCAAACAUAUCCAUCAAUACGGUUGGCAUAGCAAGAACCUCACCCGUUAAUAUUCCGAGCGAAUUACCUCGACUACCGCCCACGAUGGCAUUGGGAAAAUCUAGGGGAGAAGAAAAACGCAAAGUCUCGAUAUGGCGGCGGCCAUCACAAGCGUCUGAGACGACUGUUCGUAAUACGCCAUCUGCGAGUGCGAGAACCGACGUAACCUACUCAUCCCGAGACGAGUAUUCACACUUUAGCCAUACCCGCAGACGAGGAGCACCUAGCGAGAGUAUAGCUUUGACCCCAUCACUAGCAAACGGGUGUGCACCGCCACCGACGCGGCCUUUACCACAGACUCCCAUACAAACCGGCAGAAUGCCACUAGCGGACCGACCUAAUCAAUCGUAUUAUGCAUCAGCGGGGGGAGACGGACUGGGCUCCGAUAUUGAAAAUAUGCUUUCUGAGAACUGGAGGCCGACAAGGAGCAUGAUAAGUGCCAAGAGUCUGCGUAGUGUCUGGGAAGACGAGGAGGAGGAGGAGGAUGACGAUGAUGAUGAUGCUUGGGAGGAUAUACGUCCACCAACGACUAUUGAUGGAUGGGACGAUGACAUUGAUAGUAACGGGAGCUUUGCGGUUUAUAUUUGAUCAAUGUGUGAUAAGAGAGGAGG